GCUUCCAGCUGUGGGUGGCGCUAGGCUGGUUCAGCCGGACCGGGUAGGGGUUGUCGCUCGCUUGCUUGCGGUUUCUCGGAGAAGCCCUCUAGUGUCUGGCCUACAGGCCAUGGGAAGGCAGUGGGGGUCUGCCAUGAGGGCGGCCGAGCAGGCGGGCUGCGUGGUGAGCGCCUCCCGGGCCGGACGGCCCGAGGCGGGCCCAUGGAGCUGCAGCGGGGUAAUCCUGAGCCGUAGCCCGGGCCUGGUGCUUUGCCACGGGGGCAUCUUCGUCCCCUUCCUGCGAGCUGGCAGCGAAGUCCUGACCGCGGCCGGCGCCGCCUUCCUGCCUGGCGACAGUUGCAGCGACGACCUGCGCCUGCACGUGCAGUGGGCCCCAACGGCCGCGGGUCCCGGGGGCGGCGCGGAGCGGGGCCGCCCAGUGCUGUGCACGCCCCAGUGCGCGGGCCUCGAGCCCGGCCCAUCUGCUCCGUCCCGCGGGCGUCCCCUGCAGCCCCGGCUUCCCGCAGAGCUGCUGUUGCUGCUGAGCUGCCCGGCCUUCUGGGCCCACUUCGCGCGCCUCUUCGGGGACGAGGCGGCGGAACAGUGGCGCUUCUCGAGCGCGGCGCCGGAUGACGAAGUGUCGGAGGAGGAGGAGGCGGAUCAACUGAGAUCGCUGGGCUGGUUCGCGCUACUGGGCGUGCGGCUAGGCCAGGAGGAGGUGGAGGAGGAGCGCGGGCCGGCCGUGACCGUGUCGCCUCUCGGGGCCGUGCCCAAGGGCACGCCAUUGCUGGUCUGCGGCUCCCCUUUCGGCGCCUUCUGCCCUGACAUCUUUCUCAACACGCUGAGCUGCGGGGUGCUCAGCAACGUGGCCGGCCCGCUGCUGCUUACCGACGCACGCUGCCUGCCUGGCACCGAGGGCGGCGGCGUGUUCACCGCGCGGCCCGCGGGGGCGCUGGUGGCGCUGGUGGCGGCGCCGCUCUGCUGGAAGGCCGGCGAAUGGGUGGGCUUCACGCUGCUCUGCGCCGCCGCCCCACUUUUCCGCGCCGCCCGCGACGCGCUCUGCCGCCUGCGCCCCAGCGCCGCUGCCCUGGCCGCUCUCCUGCCGCCAGAGGUGGGCGUCCCGUGGGGUCUGCCCCUCCGAGACUCCGGGCCCCUGUGGGCAGCCGCGGCCGUGUUGGUGGAGUGCGGCACCGUAUGGGGCUCCGGAGUGGCUGUGGCACCCCGCCUUGUAGUGACCUGCCGGCACGUGUCCCCUCGGGAAGCAGCCAGGGUCCUGGUGCGCUCCACCACCCCCAAGAGUGUGGCCAUCUGGGGCCGUGUGGUAUUUGCCACUCAGGAGUCAUGUCCCUAUGACAUAGCAGUGGUGAGCCUGGAGGAGGACCUGGAUGAUGUCCCCAUCCCUGUGCCUGCUGAGCACUUCCACGAAGGCGAGGCUGUGAGUGUGGUGGGCUUUGGCGUCUUUGGCCAGGCUUGUGGGCCCUCGGUGACCUCAGGCAUCCUUUCGGCUGUGGUGCAGGUGGAUGGCAUGCCCGUGAUGCUGCAGACCACAUGUGCUGUGCACAGCGGCUCCAGUGGGGGACCCCUCUUCUCCAACCACUCAGGAAACCUCCUUGGCAUAAUCACCAGCAACACCCGGGACAAUAACACGGGGGCCACCUACCCCCACCUGAACUUCAGCAUUCCCAUCACGGUGCUCCAGCCGGCCCUGCAGCAGUACAGCCAGACCCAAGACCUGGGUGGCCUCCGGGAGCUGGACCGCGCUGCUGAGCCGGUCCGGGUGGUGUGGCGGCUGCAGCGGCCCCUGGCAGAGGCCCCGCGGAGCAAGCUCUGAGGCUGUGUUACCUCCUCUGGAAAGAAGAGUGACCUUUUUCUGCUGUAGGAAGUGAUGUUGAGGUGAUGGUGGCCUCAGGAUUCAGGGCCCAGCUCCUGAAGGGGCCUGGGCUGCUUCUCAUCUUCACCCACUGCAGUCUGGGCUUUGGGCUCUGGGGCCAACUUCUCUUCAGCCCCAUGGGAAGAGCCUGUUUUGGGGUGCUUUCUUGAAACCCCAGUUCUCUGUCCCCUAGCACUAGACUCAGCUGUAUUGUUUUUCCUUCUGGGGAGCCCACUUCAACUGCACAGAGGUUCUGGGCCUGACAGGUAGAUGCCAGCUGGAAGGCAGGCCUGUGCCUGGUUUUGCGUCUGUUCCCCUGAGGGCCACCAUCAUCCUGGAGCUUCACUGGGGCCUUGGCUCCUGUCUGCCUGUCAGUCAGGUCAGGGCUGACAGAGGACUCGGCUUCCUUAGCAUAUCUCAGCAGAAACCUUGCUCUCAAGAACAGAGACAGAAGGGACAGAAACAGGAGUGCCUCCUGUUGUGCCAGGCCCGUGGGCAGUGCAGGCAGAUCCCUGAAGGUCAGUACUCCUGGGUCUUCAUAUGCCAACAGGGGCACUCUGACACUGUGCCUUCAUUUUCCAGCCCACAGCCUGGGUCUCGGGGACCUUGAGGAGUAGAACAUAUCUGGUUGGGGCUUGGGAAUAAACAUGAUCUAUUGAAAAACCUCUA